UUCAAGGAGAGAGAAGGGGAGGACUUUUCUCAUGUUAAGGAGAGACUGUGGGGAGUCAUCAAGUAUGUCAAUGCCCUGAAGCACAAAUGGUUGAGCGCGUCGUCACCACAGCAGAAGCCUGCUUGGAUUUCCUUCCUCAAGUCCAAGGGGUCGAGACAGAGGACUGCACAUGCCUCUAUGCUUCCGCGCAUUGCCAUCGACCUUGCAAGUGAUGCUAAGACAGAAGAAGGCACCCCAAAAUGUCCGGAUGCGAUCCUGCCUGAGAGCUACGAUGUUGACUGGGCAGCGGGGACUACAUGGAAGGCACAAUGGAAACUUGGGAGCUCCAGUCAUCGUCAGCCAAGGGGAGAUGAAAUCAAAGCGAUGCCGGGUGGUUGGGUUGACAUUGCAGCGCUGUGCCAAGCAACCGGGGCGAGCACCUCCGAGGUCGUGUCGGGUCGAAUGAGUGCAAAACACGUUCGUCUGGUCUCGGCAAGCUGGAAUUUGGGAGGACAACCUUUGGAGAAAGUGAAUAACGCUUGUCCUGAGGGAGACCUUUUCUUUGUGCAAGAAGUGGCGAGAAGAACCCCGGGUUGGCAAACUCAUGGUGAUGAUGAGCGCUGCGUGUGGAUCUCCUUUCAACAUCCUGAUCAAUGGAGAGGGACGGCAAUUGGCAUUGCGAGUGACAUCUUUGACUCCGUGGUGGAACGCCGAUCUAGCAGAAGAGGGUGUGCCAUUGUCGUCCGACUCCGAAACUUUGGUCGUGUUGUCCUUGCGUCGAUUCAUGCUCCGACUGGCGUUAGCAAUGACAUCUACAGUGCUGCUCUUGACGAAGCGGGCAAGAUGCUUGGUGACAAAUGGAGACAUCUCCCCUGUAUGCUUGGCAUUGACGUUAAUGAAGAAAUCCACUGGAGGGAAGAUGAGGAUGCGAGCAUGGGGGCUGAUGUCUGUGUUGGAAACUCCAACUUCCAGGCCAUGACCGACAGCUUGUUACACCAAGGUCUCAGACCAGUCCCUCCUUGUCAUGAGCAAUGGCAACAACCUACACACUUCCCGCGUGAUAACACUCGACAAGGGCGACAAAUCGAUUUGCUGCUGGUUAGGCAGAUCAACAUUGAACCCACACAGAUUGAUGCUGAGAGACGACACGCAAUUGGCACGGAUCAUGCCUUGCUGAAGAACGUCAUCUCUCUGCGCUGUCGUGCAAACAAGGUCUGGAGCCCGGAUUCUCGACCUCGCUGGCUUUGCUGUGAACUUCCUCAUGAUGAAGUCCUCGUUGAUUGGGAUGACAUCCGAAAGCUUGCCAAGUCCCACACAAAGCCUCGCGCUUCCGAAAAGUACAAGGACGACCAAUCAACCAUCGAAGCCUUUCGAGUUGCAAAGAAUACCAUGCAGCCUGACGACUGGAAACGAGCACACAAAUUGAGGCGCCGAACCAGACGUCUGUGGUGUGCCUCCCGUCGCGAGCGCAUUCUGCGGGGCGACUGGUUUGCGUACCGUGAUCACAAGAGAGACAAAAAUCGCCGACCUGGUUGGUGGGGGAGACUUCUUGAGCAGCGGACGUCACAAGAAAUUACUGAAGAAGUCCAAAAGCACCUUGAGGAGAAGUUGAAAGGACCCUCAUCAGCAGAGUGGGAUGAAAAACUACGUGGCUUCCUCGGCGAUUUACCAGAUGACGGUGGAUGGCGACCUUUCAGCUGGGAAGAUGUGGGAGCGGCUUUGUCGGAAAUGCGGGCGAAUUCGUCUGUCAGCGAAGAUGGGGUCGGGGUUGAUCUUCUUCGCCAUGUUCAUCAACAUGAUCAACUUGGCAAUCAGCUGGUCGACUUGAUCAACGACACGGUGAAGGCGACGCUUUGCCCAACUGACUGGGACACCAGUCUCCUGGCCCUGUUGGCCAAGGUUGAUGUUCCCAUGCGACCCAAGGACUUACGUCCGAUCAGCAUGAGUUCCACUGCUCAGAAGUGCAUCAACAAACUGGUCAUGGGGCGUGCAAUCUGCUGA